AUGUCCAAAAUCGUCGUCCUGAAGAUUGUGUCGUAUCUCCUUUCAGCUUAUAAAUCCUGCGAACACUCUCGAUGGCCUCGUAGCUCGUCGUGCUGACGACACCCACGAACCGUUCCAAAAGCGCUACCUCACUGAGCAAGAAGCUAUAGAAGGACCGGACGACGAGGCUGAGGCUAAGCGCAUGGAGAGCGAUCCGGAUGUGUCCACUCGAACCUGUUCCACGUGUGGAUACGUAGGUAAAUGGAUUUCGGAAAUGAUUCGCCAUAAGCGAGUACAUACCAAUGAGCGGCCAUUCAAAUGCCGUUACUGCUCCAGGACCAGCAAAUGGAAAGCGGACCUCAUCCGUCACGUUGCCAUUGGAUAUGGAUGAGUUGGAUAUGGAACGAAUCUCAUGCAUCCCACAAAAAACCGUAA